CAAUGUUGUAAAAUCACAUGACUUAUUCAAUGGAUACACACCUCUUGUCACAGCCAAGAACUGAAGUUGUGUCUUUCUGAUUCCACCGUUGACGCUGUGCCCGUUGCCGAAAGAAGUCACUCCCUCAGAUAAAUAUAUAUAUAUAAUACAUUCUUUCAGAAAACUGUCACCAUGCAUAAGCUGGUUUAUAUCUCUUUGCUGCUCUGCAUCUAUGGAGCGUCAUGCAGUGUGAUUGUGAAAACUAUGACGAUCGAAGAGUCUGCUCUAUUCGAGUCAGAAACGGUUAACAAGGAGAAAAGUAGAGAAACUGCACCAGAGCCAGAACGUCGGUACUCUCAUCCAUGCUACGUCAAGAUGACCAACUUUUCCGACCCCAAGCAGUAUGUUAAGACCAAGCCAAGGCCAUUUGAGAGUCUUAAAGUUCUCUCCAGUCUUCCCAAGGCGUUUGACUGGAGAAAUGUGAGCGGUGUUAACUACGCAAGCACAUCCCGGAAUCAACACAUACCCCAGUACUGUGGUUCAUGCUGGGCUAUGGGCUCCACUAGUGCGAUGGCAGACAGAAUCAAUAUCAAGAGAAAGGGAGCCUGGCCCAGCGCUUAUCUGUCAGUUCAGGAGGUCAUUGACUGUGCCAAUGCUGGGAGCUGUGAGGGGGGAGACGACAAGGGAGUCUGGAAGUACGCGAGCACUUCAGGAAUCCCAGAUGAAACAUGCAACAACUACCAGGCUAAGGAUGGUGAAUGCUCCCCUGAGAACACGUGCAAGACAUGCAGUUAUGGUGGGGCCUGCUCUUUGGUGCCCAAUUUCAAGAGAUGGAAGAUCUCAGAGUAUGGUCCUGUGAGUGGCAGGGAUGCUAUGAAGGCUGAGAUUUAUAAAAACGGACCCAUCAGUUGUGGAAUUGAAGCCACCGACACCCUGGAGAAGUAUACAGGUGGCAUUUAUGCUGAGCAUUUGGACUAUCCUGCGAUCAAUCACAUUAUCUCAGUGGCAGGCUGGGGAGUUGAGAAUGGCGUUGAGUAUUGGAUUGUUCGUAAUUCUUGGGGAACAUACUGGGGAGAGGAAGGUUGGCUUCGUCUUGUUACCAGCACCUACAAGGACGGAUCAUACACCCUGGGUGUGGAGACAGACUGUGCAUACGGAGAUGUGAUCAUGGAGUGAGUGUGAGGGACUCAGCCAUGGCAUACCAGCAAGAGGAUUUUCUUGUUGUCUCUUGCCACUAACCCUUUUUUUUUUUUAUUAUAUUUUUUUAGAAUUAGAAUCAGAAUACUACUUUCUACAAUUCCAUAUAUCACUUAAUUUGUUGAGGCAUAGUAUCUGUACGGGUCCCGUAGUUACCUCAACUUUUAAUUUGUAAUUGUUUGCGUUUUGAACAGCUUACAUUUCUGUUUACCUGAACAGUAAGCUAUAGAUUAUUCACUUCUUCAAAGGAGUUGUAUAUAUUGUCGCCUCUAAAUACUUGAUUUUCUGUGUUAAUGAAUAAUGAGGUUUCAGCAUGUUCAAUUUGGCUUCAAGAGUCAAAUCUGAGUUGAAUUUACAACAGGUGCCAAAGUAGAGAAUGUUUAUUCACUUCAUCUGGUUGUUAUACUUUACAACCCUACCUUAUGUUUUGGCUAUUUGUGACACAAACUUAUCUCUUUUGAUAACUCUCUCAGUUUUAUUCCCACAAAGAUCUUCUUUAUGUUUCUGUCACAUAAUGUAAAAAAGCCGUUGUUUGUGUGAAAAUGAAAGGGGGAAGAACUUGGAUAAUUUAAUUUUUUGAUGACUAACUCAUGGCUUGGAAGUUGGGUAGCUAAACCCAAAUCUCAAGGUACAGAGAAUUACUUUCAAGUGGAAGAAAAUAACGAAUUUCUUGCCCUUCUUAAAAACUAUUUUCUUGUAGUCAACAGAUUGUCUAUAUUGGGAUUUUAAAAAGGUUGAAUACAGCUGAUAAAGGAUGAGAUAUUCUCAUAUUCACAUUCCAUAGAGGGAUUCUGAACAGCUGGUAGCAUUGUACACUGAUAUUAUAGUGACCACCUGUCCAUAACGUUCACUUUUCUCUGUGACCUUGAGUGGCUUAUUAUGGGAAGUUUCAGCUGCAUGUCUGUUUCUAAGACUUACCCUAGGUACAUGGCCAGAGUCGUGUUCUAGGAUAUGCGUCAAGACAUUUUCCUGAGUCAUGAAAUGUGUACAGUAUGAGAUACUUUUUUGAUAACCUGUACACUUAACUGAUUCCUUUGAGGUGGAUGAAUGCUGUGUUUCCUCAGUGUUUUAUUGGAUCAGUCAGGGUAAAUUAUACUCAGCUUAUGAAUGAACAAUUUCUUUGUUUCUGUGCCAUUGAAAUGUGUUUGAAAGAACCAAAAUUUUACCUGCUAGAUUCUCCACAUAUGUAUUACUGACAUCUUUUAUUUUUAGUUUUUAACAUCAUCUCUUGAUCUAAUCAAAGAUGCCAUUAUGCCAUUUUAAAACAAAAUUAUUUUCAAAAGAACUGGUUGUUUUUCCAAGCCUUUGUUUUCUAUUUAAACCCGAUAUUAGUUGUGUCUGUUUAAUAUUUUCUUUUUGCAAAUGCAACAUUGUAAAUCUUCAGAUGAUUUCACAUUCUCAAAUGUGACCAAUUCUGAGCUUGAGAAUCUUUUAUUUUUAAAUUGAUUGUGGAAAAACAUGUUUGCUUUUAGUUUACCUGCAUUUGUACAGUUAUCAUGAAUGUGCAGAUUACCGCAAGAACUGAUUUUAUAGUUUGGUGGAUCUGAGAAAGAAUUUAUUUUCAACCUUCUUUAAAAUGGUUCCAGAUUACCGUUACCAGUGACUAGUAUGAGAGAUUAGUUUUGAUCAACCUCUCGACUAUGGGUUUGUUUUAUUUUUAUAUAUUUCAAAACCGUGAUCCGUCUUCAUUGUGUAAAUUUUUCUCCAUCCAGAACCUUUUUUUUUCAAUAAAAAAACUCUGAAAAUUGUCACAUUUUAUCUCAAUUUGGAACAUCAUUGACUCAAAAUCAUGUUUUGCUCCUUAUUAAAUAUCUCUACUACUUUUG